UAUUUUUUAUUCUUUUAAUUUUUAUCCACAUUAACUCCAAGUGGGCACACAAUGUUGAUUCUUGUAUCCAACACAUUAAUGAAUGUUAGAUUUUUCUUUGUGAUCAUAAAAGCUCUAAAUGUGGUAACAAUAAGCAUACUAAAAAGCUAUCAGUACCAUAACACAGACAGACAAAGCAAAACCUAAAUCUCCCAGUUAGUUCUGCUGCAGAUUCAAGAAGAAUAACUAUCUGUUACCCUAAAUCAUUCAUCAAAAUCUCCAAACAGACCAUUUUAUAGUACCAAAACCAGCAGUUAGACUCUUGUUUGGAGAAAAUAUUUGCCCAUCACUAAACAGCCUGUAUAUAGCAAGAGUUAGUGCAAUAAAACAGAAAAUUUUUUUUGGGUGUUAAAUAAUUCCAAACAUUGCCCAUGUUUAUUUCAUGUUUAUUAGUUUUCCUGUUUCAUCAUCAACUAAUUCUCCAUUUCCUGUCAUAAGAAAUAUUGAAAGACUUGUUUAAAGGGCAGUUUGGAAGUUUUCAGUAUGUGGGAUUCUGAAACUGAAUCUCUUAGAGGAAGAGAGUCAGGAAAUGGAGCUCUUAUACCAGCCAAACAUGGCCUUAAAACUGAUGGGUUUCAGCAAAGAGGCCAAUCAUGGUUUGUUUCAACUGAUAUUCCAAGUGAUCUUUUGGUUCAAAUUGGUGAAGUCAAUUUUCACUUACACAAGUACCCUUUGAUUUCAAGAUGUGGAAGAUUGAAUAGGAUUAUAUAUGAAGCACAUGAAGGAGAACUAAACAAGAUACACUUAAAUGAUCUUCCUGGUGGGAUCGACUCAUUCGAGCUAGCAGCAAAGUUCUGCUAUGGCAUUGCAGUUGAUCUUACAGCAUCCAACAUUUCUGGCCUCAGAUGUGCUGCAGAGUAUUUAGAGAUGACAGAAGAUCUUGAAGAAGGAAAUCUCAUUUUCAAAACUGAAGCCUUCUUAAGCUAUGUUGUUCUUUCAUCUUGGAGAGACUCCACCAUUGUUUUAAAGAGUUGUGAGAAGCUCUCGCCUUGGGCGGAAAACCUCCAAAUCGUACGAAGGUGUAGCGAGUCUAUUGCUUGGAAAGCCUGUGCAAAUCCUAAGGGUAUAAGGUGGAAUUACACAGGAAGACCUGCAAAGGGUUCUAGUCCUAAAUGGAAUGAUCUUAAUGACUCGAGCCCUAGUAGGGCGGUUCACGUGCCUCCGGAUUGGUGGUUUGAGGAUGUCUCGAUCCUAAGGAUCGAUCAUUUUGUUCGUGUAAUAACAGCCAUUAAGGUUAAAGGAAUGAGAUUCGAGCUUAUUGGAGCUUCGAUUAUGCAAUAUGCAUCUAAAUGGAUACCGGGUAUUGUUAAAGAUGGUGGCGGUGAGUCCACACUGGACGAGCUCACUAGUAGUGGUGGUGGAGUCGGAAGCUGGAAAGGCGGGCUCCACAUGGUAGUCUCGAGGAACAAGGAAGAUUCUGGAAUAGUUAAAGCAAAAGAUCAAAGAAUGAUCAUUGAGAGCCUGAUUAGUAUAAUCCCCCCACAAAAGGACAGUGUUUCGUGCAGCUUCCUAUUAAGGCUUCUUCGGAUGGCUAACAAGCUAAAGGUGUCCCCCGCGUUAGUCACUGAGCUCGAGAAGCGUGUUGGUAUGCAGUUCGAGCAAGCUACCUUAUCAGAUCUUCUUAUACCAUCGUAUAACAAGGGUGAGACGAUGUAUGAUGUGGAUUUAGUUCAGAGACUUCUCGAGCAUUUCUUAGUGCAGGAACAGACCGAGUGUGCAAGUAGUCCUAGCAGACAGUAUACAGAUAAAAAUAUGUACGAGGAAAGUCAAAAAGCCGGUGUUUCUAACGCUAAGGUACGAGUUGCAAAGCUCGUUGACAGUUACUUAACUGAGAUUGCUCGGGAUAGGAAUCUCUCGCUUACCAAGUUCCAAGUCCUGGCCGAGGCUCUCCCUGAAUCUGCACGAACUUGUGAUGAUGGGCUGUACAGGGCUAUCGACUCCUAUCUCAAGGCACACCCUGCACUAUCAGAACACGAAAGAAAAAGAUUAUGUCGAGUGAUGGACUGUCAAAAACUGUCUAUCGAUGCUUGUAUGCAUGCAGCACAGAAUGAGCGGCUUCCCUUAAGGGUAGUGGUGCAAGUCCUUUUCUCCGAGCAGGUCAAGAUAAGCAAUGCAAUAGCCAAUAACAGCCUAAAAGACGGUGCAGGAGAUGCACAAUUUCAGCCCAUGGUCUCAACCCGAAAGACCCUUCUAGAAGAGACACCGCAGUCAUUCCAAGAAGGAUGGGAAACCGCAAAGAAAGACAUUAACACCCUCAAGUUUGAGCUUGAAACAGUGAAAACAAAAUAUGUUGAGCUCCAAAAUGAGAUGGAGAGUUUACAAAAACAAUUCGAUAAGAUGGUCGUGAAGCCAAAAUUGCAUUCUUAUUCAUCUUCAGCAUGGACUAGUGGGUGGAAGAAAUUGAGUAGACUUGCAAAAAUGAGUCAUAUGGAUACUCAUUAUGAUGUGUCUGAUCAGCCUGUUGCAGAACAGACUAGGAAAACCCCAAGAAGGUGGAGGAACUCCAUUUCUUGAGCCCUGUUUAUCUACAUGAUUAUUGCAUGUUCAGCCAAGAUCUAGAGGAAAAUUAUUUGGUUGUAUUGUGUGUGAACAUUGGAAUUUCAUAAACAUCAUUGGCAAAAAAAAUUGCAUGAGCAGAUUUGAGGCAAAGGACACAACCUGACAAUUAAGUCAAUUACGCUUUCAGGUCAUUUUAAAGUCGGUGCAAGGAAGAUCUCAUAGUUUUUUGUGCUAAUAUUUAAUGUACGAAAAUUCCACAUUAAUGCAAUUGCGACCAGUUUUUUUUA